AUGGCCUGCCUCCUCCACAUGUUUCAGAAAGUUCUCUUCUUAGUGCUCUGGGCGGGGGUUGUAGGUGACAAGCUGCUGGUGGUCCCUCAGGAUGGAAGCCACUGGCUCAGUAUGAAGGACAUAGUUGAGCUCCUCAGUCAGAAGGGGCACGACAUUGUGGUGCUGGUACCAGAAGUCAAUUUGCUUCUGAAGGAAUCCAGGCACUACACAAGAAAAAGCUACCCAGUGCCAUUCGAUCAGAAAGAGCUGGAGAAUCGCUACCACUCUUUUGGAAACAAUCACUUUGCUGAGACAAGGCUCCUGAACGCUGCUCAGAUGGAGUACAGGAAUAGCAUGAUGGUUAUUGACAUGUACUUCACCAAUUGCCAGAGCCUCCUGGAGGACCCCGGCACCCUGAGUGUCCUCAGGGAGAGCAAGUUCGAUGCCCUUUUCACAGACCCAGCCCUACCCUGCGGGGUCAUCCUGGCCGAGUACCUGGGCCUGCCCUCUGUGUACCUCUUCAGGGGCUUCCCAUGCUCCCUGGAGCAUAUGAUGAGCAGGAGCCCAAACCCUGUGUCGCACAUUCCCAGAUGCUACACUCAGUUCUCAGACCAGAUGACGUUCCCCCAACGGGUGGCCAACUACCUCGUUAAUUACUUGGAGACCUAUCUGUUCUACUGCCUGUAUUCAAAGUAUGAAGACCUCCCCUCCAAUAUCCUCAAGAGAGAUGUGCACUUACCCACCUUGUAUCGGAAGGGCUCCGUUUGGCUGUUAAGAUAUGACUUUGUGUUUGAGUAUCCCAGACCGGUCAUGCCCAACAUGGUUUUCAUUGGAGGGACCAACUGCAAGAAGAAAGGAGUCCUGUCUCAGGAAUUUGAAGCCUAUGUUAAUGCUUCCGGAGAACAUGGAAUUGUGGUCUUCUCUUUGGGCUCCAUGGUCUCAGAGAUUCCCGAGAAGAAAGCUAUGGAGAUUGCUGAUGCUUUGGGCAAAAUACCUCAGACAGUCCUGUGGCGGUAUACCAGCACUCCCCCACCAAAUCUCGCGAAGAAUACAAUACUUGUCAAGUGGUUGCCCCAGAAUGAUCUGCUUGGUCACCCGAAGACUCGGGCCUUUAUCACACAUUCUGGCUCCCAUGGCAUAUAUGAGGGAAUUUGCAACAGCGUUCCAAUGGUGAUGCUGCCCUUGUUUGGUGAUCAGAUGGACAACGCGAAGCGCAUGGAGACCCGGGGGGCUGGAGUGACCUUGAAUGUCCUGGAAAUGACUUCUGAAGAUUUAGCAAAUGCCAUAAAAACUGUCAUCAAUGACAAAAGCUAUAAGGAGAACAUCAUGCACCUCUCCAGGCUACACAAGGACCGCCCCAUUGAGCCCCUGGACCUGGCUGUGUUCUGGGUGGAGUUCGUGAUGAGGCACAGGGGGGCUCCACACCUGCGCUCUGCAGCCCACGAGCUCACCUGGCACCAGUACCAUUCCCUGGAUGUGAUCGGCUUCCUCCUGGCCAUUGUGCUGGGGGUUGUCUUCAUCACUUAUAAAUGUUGCGCCUUGGGCUACCGGAGGUGCUUUGGGAAGAAAGGACGAGUUAAGAAACCUCACAAAUCCAAGACACACUGAGAAGUAGGUGGGAAAUGAGAUGACCCAAAGGUGCAACCAGAGGCAACGUUAAAUUCAUGUUCUGCUUAUUAAAGAAAUACUUAGCCCUGAAUGAGAUACCCCUGGGUGUUUUCUUAAAGAUAAAAACAAUCUAAUUGCUAGUGAUACCUA